AUAAUAAGGGUCAUAGGUUUUCACCCGGGAAAGAAAGAGAGUUCCAACUAUUCAUGAAUUAAUUGUAUAACAUAAUAUAGACAUGAAACGCAUGCUAGUGUGGGUUUCCUUAUCGUGUUAAAAUCAAUGUAUGAAGUUAACCGUCUCUCUAGUUUAUUGGUCUCUGUGUUCCAUCAUAUUAGACCCAUAAAAAUUUACCGUAACUUUUCCUACUUUCAACUUUGACAUUGGCAAAAUCAUCGUCUGCCAACGAUGGAGCCACAAUUUAAAAAUUGAAUUGAAUUGAAUGUUCCAUCGCCAAUCACAACAAAUUGAAAUUGAAAUAUGCCUUUCGUUGUCGGCGCUAGGCAGUGAAUUCGUUAUUUGUUUUCAUAAACAUUAACAAAGGAAAAAUAGAAAAAUGGUUGAGCAAGAUAAUACGGAUUCAGUAAUUUCUACCGCUAAUAAAAUAGAUCCCACAGAAUUUGAUGUCACAGUCAGCGCUUUACUAAUAGGUGCCGGCGCAGAAAAAUUUAUCAAAAUAUUUAAAAGGAAAAAUAUUGGCCAAUCCACACUAACUGAACUCGCAGAUGAAGACCUUUUAAACCUUGGAGUAGAUGAUCAAGAACUGAGGCAGCGAAUUCUAGAUGAAAUAAAAAAUUUGCCACUCUAUGAGGAAUUACCAGUAUCAAGACCGGAAAAUAAUCUUGGAGCUAUGGAAAUAAUUGAGAUUCUUGAAGACAGUUCACAACACUUGUACAGAAUAUAUCUAAGCAUGUUAGCAAAUACUUUGGCUUUAAAAAAGGCCAACAAAGUAUCAGAUUAUCUGCUUCACAAAGAGAAAAUCGCCUCAGACAUAUCCCUAUCUACAUUGAGUGAAAUUACUAAUAUUUUAAAUUCAAUGGACAUUGCAUUGCACACUCAGUUCAAGGUUUUGCUCAAAGAGAAAAGUAAUAAAAAAACAAAGAAGCUUAUUGUCGGAACUGUUGGCAGUGCAGCUAUAGCAAUAUUGGCAAUAAUGUUUGUGAAAUCACUAAAACAACUCUGAACAUUUUUCACACCUUACCUGAUAUUAUAUUCCUACGUUUGUCAAUUUAAAAACCAUAUUACGUAUGAUUAAACUUUUCAUAAUUUAUGUCUUACUUUAAUAUUUAUUAUUCCCUGCGUGCUUAAUUUUGUAAAUGAAAUCUUUACUUCUGCAUUUCGUAAACUUGGUAUAGUUCAAAAUAAAUCUAGAAAUCAUUCAUAAGCUGAAAAUAAUGAGGACCGGAUAUAAAUUCCCAUUUCCCAGCUUACACAAUAAAUAAAUCUAAAGGUGACCCAAUUGUUUUGACCUCACCAAUUAAAAAGUGUAAGGUAAAUGAUGGUUGAUCGGGCGGCUGGCGGUGUUUGAGCAACGGGCGUGACGUCACACGCGGGGCGCUCCGGAAGCGGCCGAGCCGUACGCGCCGGCCGGUAGCGGAGUCCCGCGCUCCCUGGACCGACGAUCCUGCUUAUUGUGGUCGAGUGCGCCAAUUGAAUCGCGUGUCCGUUGCUCGCGCCCAAUCGGGACGUGCCCUCUUCGACUUGCCGUAUUUUGAACUUCGAUUUUAUUAUGGCUUUACAUGAAAGUGGCGAUGUGUAAAAAUGAAUAGUUUUAUAUAUAUUUUUAUUGUUCUGUUAUCGAAAACUAUCUGUGCGCAGGAUAUUUUUGAAACCGUGGAAGCCGUAUUAGGACACAGUGCGGAACUCCCUUGUAACGUCACUGCUGAGAAAGAGGAUGACAGACUAACGAUACUAGCUUGGUACAAAAAUAAUUCUUCAACAGCAUUUUACAGUCGAGACCUCCGGGAGGGAGCAGGAAUUACCUCGUCCACGCACGGUGACCGGUAUCGUCUGCUCACUGCGGACUCCCUCGGCCUCGACAAGCUACAAAUCAUCACGGUGCGCCCUUCUGAUGCGGGACUAUACCACUGUUUAGCUGAUUUUGCAUCAAGUCCUGCCCACAAGACGUAUGUCCAGCUUCUAGUCAUUGAACCGCCACGUGUAUUGUGGGUGGUGCAUGAUAAUAGCACAGAAAUUGCAAAGGCGACCGCUGGCGUCAACGUCAGUCGAAAUCUAGGACCUUACUACGUUGGCGAAACUGUUCAUCUUUUUUGUGUUGCUUUUGGAGGUAAGCCUCAAGCCACGCUAUCAUGGUGGACCGAGCAACGGUUAUUAAAGAACACAUCAACUCCGCUGUCGGAACAUCGCGUAAGGAGUGACAUUAUGUACGGGCCUCUCCGACGCGAGGAUCACGGCCGCAUACUCACAUGCUACGCGCAGAACAAUGAGAAAACCGCACCGCUUUCCAUUGACGUCGUCAUUGAUAUGUACUUACCACCGGAGCUGGUGUCGCUGCGCGUGGAAGACGGCGCGUCGGGCAGCGUGCAGGGCCGAGUCCGUGCUGGGGACGCGCUCCGGCUUCAGUGCCGAGUGCUCGGCGCGCGACCGCCCCCGCUCACGUGGCAGCUUAAUGACUCACACCUCUACAAUUUGGAGCAAAACGUUACCAAAGAGCCGUCCCAGAGGUUGGUGGUCAGCGACGUUGUGUUGACUAUAAGCCAAGAGCACGAUGAGUCGCGGAUAACCUGCUGCGCGCCAGCCUAUUUGCGAGGGAAUGACAGCUUUAUAUGUGCACAAGGCCUGCCACUUACUGUUUUAUAUGCACCUAUAUUAAAAAUAGAAGUAGAGGCGGAUGUAGAUAACGGCACCUUGGCAGUUGUCAAAGGUUCGGAUGUAUCAUUGGCAUGCAAUUAUAAAGCCAAUCCAUCAGUGUACCAACUCAUUUGGUUUCAUGAGGAUGAUAUUUUGUCAAACGUGGAUACUGAUAAAAUUCAAGGAGUUCUAGACCUAGUGGACGUUAAGGAAUCUGAUGCGGGCGAGUAUGUUUGUGCUGCGACAAGCGACGAGGGCUCCUCCUACAGCGAACCUCUAAUCAUCGAUGUUACAUACCCAACGUACUGCGAAAACGACGGUACAAUCGAGUACGGUGUAGGAGAAAACGAGUCUAUAAAUUUGACGUGCAUCGUGAAGGGGAAUCCCGAGCCGUCGGCCUACCGCUGGGUAGUAGUCAAUGAAUCCGUUAAUGCCAGUACGCUCCGGAACCAUCCUCACACUACGCUCGAGACGGAAGACAACACUUUAUUAUUUCAACGGCCAAAUGACACUUCGUAUAACACUAUUUUCUGUUGGGGACUGAACAACAUUCCUUCGAAAGGCUCACCACACACUCCGUGCUCUUUCUUGGUGACCGACGAGACAAUUCCACGUCCACCUACAAAUUGCGCAGCAGUAAAAACUAGAAAUCAGGAAAUUAUGGUCACUUGCGAGAAGGGACACGAUGGUGGUCUACCACAGAAAUUUAAAUUUAUUGUAAAGGAAACUGAUUCAGAACAACAUCUAGUAUCAAUAACUAACGUGGAACCAGAGUUCAUGAUACCCGACCCAAAGCAAGAAAAUUACAAAUUCGUUGUAAUAGCUUUUAAUGAUAAAGGAGAAAGCGCUGAAGUGGAACUUGGCCGAGAUGAUAUUAUUAUUGAAAGUGAAGAAACCCGGAGCGCGGUGGCGAACAUAACGACGCUGGCGCUGGCGCUGUGCGGCGGCGUGGCGCUGGUGGCGCUGGCGGCGUGCGGCCUGGUGCUGUGCGCGCACGAGCGCGGCGAGGCGGCGCGCGCGCCCCGCCCGCCCCGCCCGCUCGACGCACAUCCGCCGCUCUGCGCUUACACCACUGAGGAAUCUAAUUGCGAGACGUACCAUGACAGUGAUGAUGGAAGCGAGUACAAUGUGCGGCGCACAGACUCAUUUCGGAAGGCAGUCUCGAAAUACCCUUCAAAGAAUUUCGACGUUAGAAGAACCAGUUCCAUGCAUUCGGCGCGUUACAUGCACGACGUGGAACCAGAAAUGGUUAACAAGUGUCAUGAAAUCCGACGCAAUCCGAAUUGCAGAGUGCAUUCUUUGCAAAAUAUCAGUAGAAAGAGGGAAAUGGAUGCAAUGGGCGAUCACUUUGUUUUGCAUUUACCUCCUGACACUAACUACAACACUCCAAGACCGAUGAACACAUUCUAUACGAUGCCAAGAAAAAUGCGCCAUAAACUAGCAAAAGAACUAAGCGACGAGAAUUCUGAGAUAACACAAUCGGACGGGUUUUCGUUGCCUCCACCUCCCGACGAAUUUGGUACUUAUCGAGCGGCGACGAGAAUCAGAGAUAUACCAAAAUAUUCACCUACUUACACAACGGUUAUUAGAAAAAAUUCCACUGGGAAAGACCCUACAAAAUACCAACAAUAUAGUCCUCAAGUGCUUGCACCAAUGAACACGGUAGGCUUGCCGACCAUUAGUGGAGCACCCAACAGCGUGUAUACUUACUCCGACGAUGACCAUCGAGGGCAUCAGGGCAUGCAGAAUACGGCAGCCACAUCUAGCAACCUACUCUAUCAAACACGCAAUGCUUAGAAAAUCCGGCGUACAAUAAACAACGUGUCAACCCUAUACCAGACUUACGCAAUAAGUUAUUCAAUAAUGUAAGAAAACAAUAAAACAGUAUUCAAUUACAAGUUUUUAUUUACAAAAAUAGAAACCGUAUUUGUACCUACAUACUUAAAUUUUAUUUCCACUCGUAUAAUAAAAAAAAACGGAAAGCAACAAUUAAUUUUUAUAUCACUGCCAUUGUUAUCAUUAUAAUAUGAGAACAGAAUAAAAUAAUGUCAGACU